CAUAUUCUGGUUGGUUACUCGCUCUUUUGAUUCUAGAAAUCAUUGCGGCCAGUUUACUUUUCCAUAUUGCACCCAUAAAGCAAUAAAUUGAGCUCCUUAAAUAGUUGAUUACUUGAUACGGUUCAGGCAUUUUUCAAAGAACAGUGACCUCAAAAUCCCUUAAUUGGUUUAUGUGCAAACAGGACUUAGAUUUCCACAUAUAUUCGACACCAGAUUGAAUCCUAAGCACGUUAGGAUUCCUAGUUAGAGAUGGUUUAAGACUAGUUGUUCCCAAUACAGUCACCAAUCUUCAUGUUUUCAUUGCGUUACGAUUUCUUGUGCUCGGAGCAGUGUCAUCCAUGGCUCUCAGGAGGGCAAUUUCAAUACCAGAAGAUAUUAUAGCAGGGGAAAUUGUCCUGAGGUUGCCGGUGAAAUCCGUAGGGCGAUGCAGAUGCGUUUGUAAACGGUGGCGCUUUCUAUUCUCUGACCCAGACUUUGCUAAAUCUCACAUACAGUCUGCUCCUAAGCAGCAACGACUUGUUUUUCACCUCGGCUAUGAAUUCCAUUCGCAAGACUUGGAGUUGGGAAUGCAGAAAUCUUUGGUCAGAGUGAGUCCUCCGCCGUUCAAGAAUCCGAAGCAUGCUCUCAGCUUUGUAGGCUCCUGCAAUGGGUUGGUAGCCUGUGUAAGUGGUGCUUCCAUUCAAACUUGUCGACCUUCCAGGGAGAUCAGCUUGUUUAUCUGGAACCCAUUAACCGGAUUCUACAAGGAAUUCCUAGGCCAAGGUUUCUAUUCUCUGAUGCGUGGUUUUGGUCAUGUGUCCCGCGCUGACGACUAUAAAGUGGUGGAGUUACUAGAUCAUGAACUAGUUAGGGAGAUCCGCGUCUUCUCGUUGAGCUCUCAGACAUGGAAAUCGAUUAAAUGCCCUCUCAAUCUCACGUUUACAACCCUGCAAGUGAAGGGGGUGUUUUUGAAUGAGGCGCUUCAUUGGUUAGCUUAUGAGACUGAUCGCCCUGAUUUAGAUCCACGAAUAGCACCAGUAGUCUUAUUUGUUUUUGAUUUGGCAAAGGAGGAGUUCCGAAAAGUACAAGUGCCUCGUGGUGUUGUUAGAUGCUCAAUGUAUGAUAGGCGUCUGGGAGUUUCUUGUGAAGGAUGCUUGUAUAUAAUGUGCUUUCCAAAAUCUGGUUACCGUUGUCGUGAUGCUCUUCGUGUUGAAUUUUGGGUCAUGAGAGAAUAUGGCAACAUUAGCAACAUUUAUUCUUGGAAUAUAAUUAGUAUAAGGAUUCCCAAUGAGUUUACUCGGUAUAAUCUUGAACCAAUCUUGCUCAUGGAAACUUGUGCAGUUGUGAUGAACAGGUCGAAGAAGAGUGGCCGACUGGUUUCACAGCAGGGGAGUAACAUCCGGAGCAACGAUCGAGAGGACAUAUACAUGAUUCACCAUCAUACUCAAAAAGAGAACCUGAAAGUGUACAUUGUUGAGUCUGAUCCACCAGAUAUGAUUGUAUAUGAAGAGUCUAUUUUCUCUUUGUUAGUGAGUAACUAA